CUCAGACAUCGGCACUUAAGCCACUGAAUUCCCCUCGCUAGAUAUUCUACACAUGCUCAAACUGGUUCUCUCCUCGGUUUACUUCCUUUUGAAAUGGCUACUUCUGAGGGUUUGCAAUUUGUUCAAUUCACGUUUCCCCCAUCACAACCGCAAUUUUGCAAAAGCAGUCCUCCCUGGUCUUCUAAACCCAGCGGUUUAAUCUCUUCACUCAACGCCAGCGACAUCCAGAGAAUACAAAAACAACCUACGGCUACCUUUUCCAGUUCUAAGUAUCAAAUUGAGGAAGAGAGAAAUACGGCAGCGAGAGUUGAAGCAGACACCCAUCCUCUACCUCUCGAAAAGCAGUCUCGAGCAAAUCUGCGCCCAAAGAUCUCAACUAAGGCCUCAAACGCAGGAUCUACACUUCAGCGCCUAGAACAGCCAGCUGUCCACUGGGCUGGACUGCAAGUCAAUCGAACACAAUCAGGGUUGGGUGAACCUCAAGAUGGUAGUCGAAAUCAAUCAGUGAUUCUCGAUAAUAGCCACAACCCAGUUGAAGGAAGUGCUGGGAAUGAAGCCAGUAACGCUUCCAGUGAUUGCGAUACUGGGCAUAUUGAACGGGUCGCAAGUCUGCACGACACUUCCACACCCUCAGAACUCGCCUCUGAGCCGCACGGCGUGCCCUCUAUUCCCGCACAAGCCCAACCCAACACUCUCCCCCAAUCAUUUAAGCCACUGGAAGACCAGAUCAACCAGCAAGAUGUCAACAUCACUCAGCGCACGUCAGUGGAUUCUGCGCUUCCCUCCAUUGCCAAGGCUUCUGACAGCGGCGAUGAUGGAUGGAACGAUGCGAACACUGCUGAACUAGAGAAGGAACUGGAGUUGGCUUUGGCAGAGCAACAAGCAGAGUCAUUAUCGGCCGGCACGUCUACCAUCCCAAGUCCUCACUCGCUCGAGGCACUACAAGACGAGAUCCAGAGUCGAGAACGCGAAACCAUCGAUAGUAUAUUGGAUAAGCUGCGAGAUGUUACUCGACGUGGUGGUCCGGCUCACGACCUUGAGUGUCGGGAGCCGCAGGAGACUCAAGUGGUGGAAGGAGGGGCCGUAGCGAUGCAGCAGCAGGAAGAGCUUGCGCAGCCGCCUGUGGGUGAUGUGCAGGACUUGGUCGAGGUCGAGAACGCAAACGACCAUGAAGACAAGGAGGCCACCGAAGCUCUGCCAGCUGCGCAACCCAAGAUCGACGAGCAGCGUUAUCGUCUGCGUGGGGUAAGAACUCGGCAGCUUGCUGGACAUCACACGAAAACAACCCAGUAUCGAGUUGUGUGGGGGGAACACUCUCAUAGAUCGGAUUCUUGGUUCAAUGAAGACGAAGUACGAAUGUCAAUGGCUUGCGAACCAUACUCUCACGAUUCGGCUCUACAGAUAAACAUCUGCCGAGUUCGCAAGAUGCACUCUAGCCUACACAAAGGCAGAAAUGUUUUCGAGUACAUAGUUGAUGCACUUGGUGUUAAUAACCCCUGGAUCGCUGAAGAUCAAUUAAGAAUCUCACUCAGCCCUGUAUUAGUUGCUAAGCUCAAAGCAUCUUCUCUUUAUCCCUUGAGCCAAGCACAGCGUGAGGUCCUCGUCAAACAUUCAACAACUCCAAUUAGUGACGAGUGGCACAAUACAUCACAAGCCUCUCGAAGCUCCUCUGCCCAAACCGACUCGGCACUAGGGCGAGGGGUCGAGCCUACGACGCGGAAGCGAGGACGCCGAGACAUAUGUACAGAGAUUAGCAGCGACACCUACUAUUCCGCGAACACCGAUAAUAGCCACAAUGCCUACGAUACUGACAAUGAGGACCCACGACCUACAAAGCGUCGAAAGCCACGCUCAGCACCUAUCGUAACUUCGCCUAUCCACCUCCGACAGUCUCCUCAGCCACUAACCACGGGAGUUGGAAUUGACGAGACGCAUUCUCAAGAUGAUGACGGAUGUUUGUCGACCUCCAUUGAAGAGCAGCAGCACUAUGUUUCACAAAUUUCUCGGGGUUCGUCUGCUGCAGCAGAGGCAGUACCGGCUGCUGCAUACCAAGAGUGGCCGUUACAUGGCUUCCUCAAGCGUACUAUGAUUGGGAAUGUCACGAGUUUCAAUCUUGAGUUUCAUCUGGUCAAUGUCGAAGAAGUCUUGGACCUUUCGAGCCCAUUUCAAGCGUUGGGACGUAACUUGGGUAUCGGAUUGUCAGCACCGUCCAAAAGCGUUCCUCACACUCUUAUCGCAUCUUCCAAGCAGUACAAUAUCACGUCGGGGCUGUCCAAAAAACGCGCACAGUCACAAGAAGCUCUAGUCUCUGACUGGGCUAUCUCAACACGGCGGGGAAAUGAAUUAAACAAGAGCCAAGAAAGUUUAUUGGCUAAAAUGAUUCAAGAGAACAAAACUUGGUCAGAGAUAAGACAACAUUUCCCGGAUCACCCAUUGCAGUUGCUAAAAGAUAAUUUCUUUAAGAACCAAGGGGGAAAGCCUCGGAAACGGGGUCGAAAGCCUGGUGUGAAGGUUGGUGGCGCGUGAGCCCAAGCUCCUCGGGGUUAUUAAUGCAUAGAUUGGAUCAAGAGGAUAUGCUGCGAGAGCCUAUCUGGAAUUCAAUUGCAUUUCUUUGGUCGAAGAU